CUUUCCUGGCUUGACAGCUGUCACUGUACGCUGAGGUCAAGGGGAAAGAAGCAUGGCUGCGUUGUUUAGAGGGUCGCGAAAUGUAUUGUUAAGGUGGAAUAAGCAUGUCGACUUUGCAUUCGUUUCAUCGCGAUCAAUGGCCUCAAAAACACCAGUGGGAUUUGUUGGUCUGGGAAACAUGGGCAGUCCCAUGGCCAAAAACCUGUUAAAAAACGGUUAUCCCGUUAUUGCCACUGAUGUCUUCCCUGAGUCUUGCAAGGAGCUGCAGGAUAUUGGUGCCCAGGUAGUAGACUCUCCAGCAGAGGUGGCGGAGAAAGCAGACCGCAUCCUCACAAUGCUACCCUCCAGUCCCAACGUCAUUGAAGUAUACACAGGCCCAAAUGGCAUUCUCAAAAAGGUGAAGAAGGGAACACUGUUGAUUGACUCCUCCACCAUUGACCCUGCUGUUUCAAGAGAGAUGGCAGUUGCUGCAGAGAAGAUGGGUGCAGUGUUCAUGGAUGCUCCGGUCUCAGGAGGUGUCGGUGCUGCCAGUAUGGCCAAACUGACCUUCAUGGUAGGUGGAGUGAAGGAGGAAUACAACGCUGCGCAGGAGCUGCUCACCUGCAUGGGAGCCAAUGCUGUCUACUGUGGACAGGUUGGCACUGGACAGGCAGCUAAGAUCUGCAACAACAUGCUCCUGGCCAUUGGAAUGAUUGGGACCGCAGAGACCAUGAACCUUGGCAUCAGACUGGGUUUGGAUCCCAAGCUGCUGGCAAAAAUCCUCAACAUGUCCUCAGGUCGUUGCUGGUCCAGUGACACGUACAAUCCAGUCCCCGGCGUCAUGGAGGGAGUCCCCUCUGCCAACAACUACCAGGGUGGAUUUGGAACCACACUAAUGGCCAAGGAUCUUGGUUUGGCUCAAAACACCGCCACCGAUACUAAGACACCCAUCCCUCUGGGUUCCCUCGCCCACCAGAUCUUCCGAGUCAUGUGCUCCCGCGGCUACGCUAACAAGGACUUCUCAUCUGUCUUCCAAUUUCUACGCGAGGAGGAAGGACAGUGAAUGGAGGGGGAGCACAGUUGAAUGUGAUGUUACCAUACAUAAACACAAACACACACACACACAUGCAUGUGCGCACACACACACACACAUGCAUGUACGCACACACACAUACACACACACACACUCUACAACUACACACCCCAGUGCCCCUUAUCCUACUAUGCUCAGGAGAGGCUAAGAUCUUGCCCUCAGGCGCAGAUCUGUGGUCCAAUUAACAUACUGUAUGUCGGCACAUGUCCCCUCAUAGCAUUAGCUAAAUCAUAUUUUCAGUUCACAGCUCUCUCUCAGCAUGGGGGAAAUGCUAAAACUGACCUUAGAUCAGUAUCUAGAGAAAUAAAGCAACUCUCUUCCUAGUCUGAGAGGCCAGAGUGGAAAAUGAGAGGUAGGAUGAGGCACUGCAAGUUAUACAGUAUGUACUAGUGCAAAUAAUAUGUGGUUUUUCAGGUUGAUGAGUAGUAACUGCAUGAUUGUUAAAAGUUUAAGUACGCUUUUUUCAGGUGUGUGCUUAUUGCCUGUUACCCAAAUGACUCAGACCUGUUCCUGUUAAAUGAAAGAGGACAGAAAAGAAAAGAAAAGCUACAGUAUUGACUCGUUUGCCACCGUUGUUUUUGAUGGCCCAAUUACAUACAAAGUCAAUGCAAAGACGCAAAUACACAUUUGCGCCACGGGCACGAAUGACGCAAAUUACGCAACGCGAAUGAGGCGAAGAAGUGAGUUGAAAUAUUUCAACUCAAGUGAGAAAUUCCCAUGUCCUUGUGUCGCAAAAGCCUAUAUCAGUGUUAAGAUUUUUUUUUUUUUAUGCCUACAGCUCUACAUCGGCAUGAAGUACGAGUAACGCAUCCAACUGAUGUGAUUAAAGCAAUGCAAAUAUUUGCUCUGCCUCGGUCUGAAUGCACCAUAAGGAUUCACAUAGGGAUGGAAAUUUCAGUGCGAGAGGUUAGGUUACCUUUUCUCUCCUGGAGAAAAAGGCCCAUAUUCACAGCACUAAAUGUAAGGUAACCAAAAGUAGCCACACUGUGGGCUCUAAGUUCACUUGUUUUGUUACAUUUGUCUAUUUUUGGCAGGAAGGUGGAGUCAUUCAAUCACCUACUGUAGUCACCCGAGUCAUCCUGCCAGCAUACAUACUUUCAUUCACUGGCUCGACCACUUCAGCUCCUUUUAAAUACUGUGAUAUAUAUCUGGUUAUUUUUGCACUGUGUGCAUCGCCGGGACAUUUUGAUACAGUUACAGAAUCUCUUUGAACUUACCUCUCUUUUCAACUGUCUACAUCUGUGUAUUGAGCCACUGGAGUAUUAUGUUGUGACCAACACAAUUUUAUACUGUUCACUACAAAAUGUUGUUUUCAUUGUCUAGCACUUUCUCUUGCCGGGAUAGAUUUUCAUUAAAGUCAAUCCUCACAUAUUUCUCCUCUCUCUCGGUCUCUCUCGCUCUAUCAACGUGUACAACAUCUGUGUAAAGUGUAAACGAGGAAUGGUUCCUCUCUGCUAUUGUACAUAAUGUAUAUUUCAUAUUCUUGCGUAGUAUUGAAAUAAUGAAUCUAAAUGGACUUUCUUUCUUUUUGUAGUAAAAAUCAUUAAUAGUGUCUACAGUUUGUCUUUGCUCUGUGAAACAGAUCCUCAGUCACACUGUAGCCUAAAAUAAAAGAUGUUCUGUGUA